CGUGGCCAAACUCUUGCUCUUCGGUUUUCCAUUUUCCACUGAUCGCCCUGUCGUGGUUCGACAUCUGAUCGCUCGCCUUAUUUUCUCCCUCAGCAUUCUUCCUCCUGCUGUCCAGGAUCUUCGUGUCCCUCGACUUUCUCGGCUCCGCCUGGUUGGUUUUGGAGACUCGCUCCUAGCUGCAGUUCCUACCGGCUCACGUUUCCAGUCGGCCUGCCUUUUUGACUUUUCUUUUCUUUUUCGUCUGCACCGUCAUCUUGACCGACUUUUGGCCUGGUGGUACAGUACAUUACUAUCCCCGACGGUGGUGCGACAUACACUACGACAAGCCCUUUCUCUACAACUCGAUUACGAUCCCGCCUUGAGUGACUGGCUCCGCUUCUUGAUAUUCUCGGCACUCUUAUCGCAGGGGGACAGGAAGGCGACAGAAUAGCUACAUCAUCUAUCGAUCAUGUUAGCUUCAAUCCCGCAGAUGGAGUCGGUACGAUCGCUGCCUCGGAAUCCCGACAUGGUUACGCGGCAUCCAUCAGCUGAGGAUUUGGACGCGGCGCAACAGUUGGUUUCAUCUGCGCAGGCUGGUCGAGAACACCUUGCCGAUCGUACUCGUGACGAUGAGCCGUCGAGGAGACCCGAGGGAAACGUUACUCAACCCUCUUACGACCCAGAACGCUCCCUCCCUUCCGUCAAGCCCCUUUCCGAGGCUGCUCCCAGUCACCUCCCGUUGGAGAAGCAGUCGCCAAAAUCCCAGAAAGACGCCACUAUAUACGGUCAUUCCUGCAGUAAUUGCGGAACCAAAAGUACCCCAUUAUGGCGACGAUCACCGACUGGGGCGAUGAUUUGCAAUGCGUGUGGGUUGUACUUGAAGGCUCGGAAUGUUGCUCGACCAACCAAGCGAAACCGGGUACAAACCAGCGCUGAGCCCGGUCAGCCUCCUCAGCCGCAUCAACAACAGCAAUUGCCAAUUGCUCACCAACAUGAGACGCAUGCACCACAUGCCGAGGGUGGCUGUCACGGGUCUAAAGGGUCAUGCCCGGGUGGGGGAAGUUGUAACGGUACGGGCGGUGCGGAAGGGUGCGAUGGGUGCCCUGCCUAUAACAAUCGGGUUUACAAAUCCACGGCCAGGGGGACAGUCCCAGUCCACGCUUGGAAUCGGGCGCCAACUGUUGAGAGCGAGAAGCCUCCCCCGCUACAGGAACCUUUGGACACACCCGGAAAGCCCACGACAACGGGGGAAGGAAACAUGCUGGUGUCGUGUCAGAACUGUGGAACCACGGUAACCCCGCUUUGGCGACGCGAUGAGAAUGGCCAUCCGAUUUGCAACGCAUGUGGUCUGUAUUACAAGCUGCACGGUUGUUAUCGCCCCACCACAAUGAAAAAGACGAUCAUCAAACGCCGGAAACGCGUCGUGCCUGCCUUGCGGGAACACUCUCCGACCGCAGCAACACACUCAUCGAACGGCUCUUCCGCGUCGCCAGAGGCAUCCCCUGCGACUUUGGCCCAUGCCCACGACGAUCAUUACAGAUAUUACAGCUCGGAGCCCAUGGACCACUUUGCCAACAUGCCUGCGGAGAGGCUCUCACCGGCCGCCCCAAGACAGUAUGGCUUUGCGCCGCCGCCAGUUGACUUCACGGGUUUCGGGUCCGGCGCGGUCUCCUUGCCGCAUCAUCCCCCACCUCCUAGAUUGCUGGAGCCAGAACGCAUCAGCGCCCCCAGCCACUCUCCGGUGUCGCAGUUCGGCCGACGGUCCCUUUCGCCAAAUCCCAGUAAUCCCAAGAAACGGACGCUUGCCGAGACAGCCUCAUCUGCAGAAGCGAUUUCCAUCCCAACCACCUUGGAAAAUGGAUCCAACCAGCUCCCUCCGAUCAUGUCAUCCCUCAAUCCGUCACCCCCCGCACGCCUCAGUUCGAUUUCUUCUCUCCUCAACCCGGGCAAUCACCAUCGCGACGAAUCGCGGUUAGAUCCAUCCCUAGCUGCGAUGGGCCGCCAGCAGCACCUUCACCACCAUCAGGCUCCCCCUACCCUUGCUCCUCCUCCCCCUUCGCAGCCCUUGCCUAGUGUCUCUGAGCUGGACGGGCUUCGCGAAGAGCGGCGGCUCAAGCUGCAGCGUGAGGCGGAAGAAAUGCGGGAGAUGCUACGUGCCAAGGAGCGUGAACUCGCGGAACUGGGGCAAUGAGCUGAUAAUCUUAUCAAUCGAUUUUAGCCUUGGGUCUCGGGUGUCGGAGCUGUCCCUCCAAUCGAUCUUAUCUUACUUGCGUUUACCUUACCUUACCUUGUUUUCUACCAAUCAUACAACUUGGCGCGCCGGACUUUUCUGACGAAGAUACCACAACUGUUCGUUUACGUGUUCGUACGGGA